AUGUCUGAUUAUCAACGGCUCUCAUCGGAUGUUUCAGAAACUAAAAAGCCUCCAAAUUCUGAAGAAUUGACACCAAGGAAAAAGGAAAUCAAAAAAUUGGAGGAGAGCAGUGAUGAAUACAUUAAAAAAUGGAAAGAGCACAAGAAGGAAGUGGGAAAAAUGACUGUUGAUUUUUGGGGAGCUAAAGUAUACGUGUCAGUAUGUAUGAUGGGCUUCUGUUGCAUAGCUACAAAAGAAGUUUCCCUAUUUGUCACCAUGAGUAGCCAGUUGCGUUCAAGUCUUUUCGGCAUCUGGAUUGUCAUUUUCCUAUUUCCAAUAAUCUAUCUUUUGAUACGUCGACAACGAGUAAAAACAGAAAACAAAGCAAGAAAUGAAGACAUUGAGUGUGAAGGAGACAUUGGAAAGGUUAUUUUCGAUUCUGAAAAAGAAGGGAAUGAAGAAUACGUGGUAUUUUAUAUGGAUCAAUUGAUGAAGUUUAAUGAUGUAAAAUCGAAAGAAGUUUCGAUUUUGGAGGAAGAGGUCCGGCUAAUGAGAGAGAAGAAUAUCCGCUGGGAAAUAACCGCAAUCUCAAUACUCGCGGCAUCCUGCUGGAUUUGCUCAAUUCAUAUGGCUUUGAUAGCACUCCACACUGGCAAAGAAAAGGACAUUAAAGAUGCGGAGAGUCAGCACGUAGCGACUGCUCAAGUUUCUUUAUUAGCUUUGCAGAAAGUCAUGCCUUACAUCUCUUAUAUAUGUUGUGCCCCUUGCUCUCUGUUCAGUGCUUGCAGUCGUUCAAUUCAUCGCUGCUGGACCCGUCGAAAUCAGAUAAUUCACAAAUUGCAGCAUGUAUAG